AUGGAGUUCACCUUAACUCAGAAGUGGCUGCGUCAAAACAUACAGCCGUAUUCCAGCAGGGAACGCGUAUAUUCAGACACGGACGUGGCCCUGUCGCGUUAUCCUUCCCUGCGGCCCAAGUCGGACGUCUACACCUAUGACGAUGGCCGGACCCAGCUCUUGCUCUGUCUUCAUGGCCUCAUCCCCAUCUCGUACCGCGGCGCUUCCUACAAUAUUCCUGUUGCGAUCUGGAUCACCAGGGAGUACCCGGCCCAUCCUCCCAUAGUCUACGUCGUGCCCACUAGCGACAUGCUAGUCAAGGCUGGCAAGUACAUCGAUGUCAGCGGACGAUGUAGCAUUGAAUACACGCAGAACUGGACUCGUAAGAGCGAGGGUUGUAGCUUAUCAGGAUUGGUCGAAACUUUGCAGGAUUACUUCUCUCGUGAACCACCCGUGUAUGCCAAACCUAAACAAGCUACUACACCUCCAGGUGGAAAUAUAGAGUAUGUGCAGAAGCAGCCACCGCCUUUACCCACAAGCCCGCGACCAGAGCAGCAGCCAUCUGCCCGUCCCCUAUUACCUCCAAAGCCGGGCUAUGCCUCAAGAUUUACCUCGCAGUCGCCUUCACCAAGCCGUUCCUCAACUCUGCUUUCUUCACCUUUCGGAAAGUCAACGAUAUUUGAGAGCCGCCCUCCUCCUUCUCUUCCGGCGUCUCAUCCAAGAGCCGAUUUGGAAGUCCCGAGGAGGAGUCCUGCAGACCGAUCAUCUUCAGCUUCAAUACCUUCGCCCAUCCCCUCUAUUUCCCCCCCCCAAAGUCAAUUCCCCUUCCAUGACCCACGAUCCUCGGGUCCUCCGUCACGACCUCCGCCGCCCGUCAUUGCCCCCCCACCACCAAAUUUUUCUAUUACUUUACCACCUCAUGCCUUAACACAACCUCUGCAGCCCCCAGGUGUGAACGUCCCUCCUCCCGUUCCCAACCUUUUGGAUGAAGAGUCUGUAGAUAUCUCCCCGUCCGGCCCAGUCCAUCGCCCAUCAUCAUUUGCUCCUCCGCCUCGACCUCCAAACCCUGAACUGCUGCGGCUUCAUGAUCAAGUCCACCAGACAUUAACUUCUGAACUUGCUUCAUUAGCUCAAGCGUUGUCCCUUGAUGCUGAGCGCCUUCGUGCGCAACAGUCUGAUUUACUCCUCGGCGAACCUGCUAUCCGUGAUGAAAUGGCGAGAUUAGAAGCUGUUCGAGACGUUUGUCAUAAUGUGAGCAGUCGUAUGAGAAGCACCGUCGAUCAGACGGAACGAAAUAUAUCUGAGCUUCGUCGGAAGGGGGACCCUGAAGUCGAUGAGCUUGUUUGUUCGACGACAAUAGUCCACAAUCAGCUUAUUAACUUGGUCGCAGAGGACAAUGCCAUCGAGGACACCAUUUACCAUCUCCAUAGAGCCUUGAAUAGCGGCCGCAUAGACUUGGAACGUUUUCUCAGGACUACCCGUAUACUAGCGGAGGAACAAUUUAUGAAACGGGCGCUGAUUGAGAAAAUUCAGCCUGGUGUUCCCAUGAGUAUGUCGAUGGGAUCUCCGUGGUCAUGAUGACCCCUUUUGUGGAGUCAUCAAAUAUCUAGGCCCAUGGUACCGGCGUUUCGUAGCGUGCCUUGGUUCGGAGAAACAGGAGAAAUAUAUGCGCUUUGAUGCAGACCUCGAUAAGUUUUUUGCCUUAUGCGUCGACUUCUUUGUUGCAGAUUGUAAACACAAUAACGGAUCUUUUUCGGGGAUUGACUACGCAUGAAAGUCGUCAUGUACCUGUCAAAUCCUUUACAGGUUGCCCCUUUUGCCACUUUGUGGUCAAGACAACUAUACUCAGUUGAGUGAAAACGCCCAGUACACGCCAUUCGUGGCGUUUCACGGAAGAAUCUCAUUCAGUAUGGAAGGAUAGUUCGAUAGGUAAUCGAUGCACCAUUGUACAUUGAACAGUAACACUACGUGAUAUUUUACUUAUUAUAUAGAUAAAGGACAAGCGAUAGAAAAAGU